AUGAGGGGAGCUGCCCACGCCCCGGAGGGAUUAGGAGCUCAUUAUGCCGCAAGCCCAGGAGAUUUGGGGAGGACGGGUUUUGCGCUCGAGGCUACGGCAAGGCAUUUUAAUAGCUACUCUCUUGCUCCCGGCUCUCCCCCGCCGCCCGCCUGUCGAGCCCGGGCAGCUCCAGCCUCUGGCCAGGAUCUGGGCGCACAGUGGCUCCCUGGAGGCGAAGGCGCAAACCCCGCGCUGAGCCCGCGAUCUGGGCGGAACCCCCACGGCCUACCAAGGGCCUCUGGGCCACGGGCCCUAGGAGGGGCCCGCAGCUCUCGGCCCUCCAGCGGACCCUGCACCCUACGGUCUGGCUCGCCGCUCAGCACCUCCCGCGCCUCGAACGUGCCCAGGCCGGCACACCCCUCUCCUGGGAGGGGUGGGGAGAGGGCGCGGGCGCCGCUGGAGGUCGGUGGGGCCGCCCGGGUCGUACGUAAUACUUUCAUUGAACGCAGACCUCCCUUCGCUAGAGCGAGCAUCUGUUUCCCCGAGAAACAGGUCACCGCCGGGGACGCCAGCCCGGCCCCAGCUCUUUAUCUCAGCCCUGUGAAUGCACCGCACCGCCCCCUUCCCCCGCCAGCAACACGCUUCCCAGCUCCUAAGUCCCGGCCUCCGCCUCCACCCCCGUCUCUCCCCCCGCAGCUCCGCACGCGGCGCCACACGCCUCCCGCGCCCCAGCCUCCCCGCCCCGGCCACACUCCCCUCGCCGCCUCGCGCUCCCCUUCCCGCCGGCGCUCCGGCAGCCGCUUUAACGGCCGGGACCGCCCGGGCCGCGCCGCGCGCUCCGAGCGAGGGCUGGGGGUGGGGGCCGACAGAUUCGGGGCAUUGCUCGAGGGCGGCCAUCCGCAGGCCUUCGGGGUAGCUGAAGCCCUCUUCCCUCUCGCCCCCGGCACCCCCUUUGAAGCUCCCCUAAGACUGAGAAGUGAGGGCCAGGGCACAUCCCCGCGGGCACGAAUCUCAGCGUCAGAGAAGUCCUCUAGUUUUCAUGCAAGAGAGCUCCGGAGGCCACUAAGCCAAGGACUAGCGCGAUCUGAGGACGAGGGCUACAGGCAAGAGGGGUUUACGGACAGUGAGGAGUCCCCAGGGUCAAGAGUAGGCGAGCGUCACGAGGGCCGGGUUGCACGGAUGGUGAAGUAG